GAAUCAGCACAUGCCUGUAGCAACAUUCGCAAAAGCCGGAGCGCUGGGCCUAGGUGGUAUGUACGUACGCGAAGACGUUGGUGGUACCGGUUUGUCCCGUUUAGAUACAUCGGUGAUCUUAGAGGCGCUCUCUAUCGGGUGCAUACCCACGGCUGCGUUUAUCUCCAUUCACAACAUGGUCAACUGGAUGAUCGACACGUACGGAAACGAGGAGCAGAGGAAUAAGUAUUGCCCGAAGCUGUGUGAGAUGGAUCACUACCUGGCGUCCUAUUGCCUCACGGAGCCUAACAGUGGAUCCGAUGCCGCAGCCAUGCGUACUACCUACCGAAAAGAUGGUGACGAAAUAGUGCUCAACGGAACGAAGGCGUUUAUCAGUGGUGCCGGAAUAAGCGAUGUGUAUGUCGUCAUGUGUCGAAAUAGUGAGGCUGCUCCCGGGGGCGCGGCUGGGGUCAGUGCGGUGAUUGUGGAGAAGGGUACACCGGGCCUGAGUUUCGGUGGCAAGGAGAAGAAGAUGGGAUGGAACGCACAGGAAACUCGUAACUUAAUCAUGGAGGAUGUUCGUAUCCCUGCUGCUAAUAUCCUAGGCACUGAGGGCAAAGGCUUCUCCAUUGCAAUGAGUGGUCUCGAUGGCGGUCGUGUCAACAUCGCGUCGUGUUCGCUCGGAGGCUCAUCAGCAGCCAUUCAGCAGUCGCUUGACUACACCCAGGAUCGUACUGCGUUCGGCAAGUCUGUCGCUUCAUUCCAAAACGCACAGUUUAAAAUGGCGGAUAUGGCUGUUCAACUGCAUGCCUCACGGUUGGCGGUGAGACACGCAGCACAGGCCAUAGACAACAACGAUCCACUCAAGACACAGUUCUGUGCUAUGGCGAAGGUGUUUGCUACGGAGGCUGGUACCAAGAUCUGCAACGAAGCCCUGCAACUGCACGGUGGUUACGGAUACUUAAACGACUAUCCCGUAGAACGUUUUCUGCGAGAUGUGCGUGUUCAUGAAAUCCUCGAGGGCACCAGUGAGGUUAUGAGGAUGAUUGUGAGCCGGCACUUGCUGAGUGCUAAGUAAGCAGUGAAGAUAGGAACCGGGGCUGCCUAGCAACGGGUUUAACGUCUAAGUAAGCAGUGAAGAUAGGAACUGAGGUUACUUAGCAACGGGUUUAACAAAUAGUACAAUUCAAUUUUAGUAAAGUCAAUUUCUGGCACCAUGGUCGGUUGAUAAUAGUAUUCAAAUGAAUGCCAUAGUCAGUUGAUACUGCCGUAGUCAGGUGAUAAGGGUA